UCCAAGUGAGGGGAAUUUGUUGAGUGACUCCCAAACAACUCUGCUCCCCAGUUUGAGGGGGGCCUCUGCAGACGAGAACUGGCUGUAACCAGAUCUCUUUAACCCUUCUUACCCCCCUCGCCUCGCCUCGCCUGUCGGGGAGGGGGUGUUCAUGAAUGCAAGCCUGUAUCAGACGGAACAUGUUUGUAUAGGUGUGUGUGUGUGUGUGUGUGUGUGUGUGUGUGUGUGUGACUGUGCAAGCCUCCACGUGUGAGUGUUUGCGGACAUGUGCACGUGAGAGUGUGUGUAGUACAGUGAGGCAGCGCGCGACACGACCGGGGCAGGAUUAAGUCGAGCGAAGACGGGAUUCCCGAACCUCCGUCUGAAAGUAGCUCAAAGCAGGGCAUGGCACUGUGUGGAUUCAAGGGGAAACGCCUCUUGGGGCCCAAUGUGUACCCAGAAGCCCCUGAUGGAGGUUGGGGUUGGGUUGUGGCCGUUGCCUUCUUCUUGGUGGAGGUUUUCACCUAUGGCACCAUCAAGAGCUUUGGUAUCUUCCUCCAGGACCUAAUGGAGGAGUUUGGAGAGACCAACAGUCGGGUCUCUUGGAUUGUUUCCAUCUGUGUGUUUGUCAUGACCUUUAAUGGUCCUCUCUCCUCUGUGAUGACGAACCGCUUUGGGUUCCAACUUGUUGUUAUGACUGGAGGAUUACUUAUUGCCACGGGCACCAUUGCAACCAGCUUUACCAGCUCCAUCAAUCAAAUGUACAUCACCUAUGGAUUAGUUGCAGGACUGGGCUACUGUUUGACCUUCCUGCCCACUGUAACCAUACUUUCCCAGUACUUCAACCGUCGACGGUCUCUGGUCACAGCUGUGGCUUCCACUGGAGAAUCCCUGUCCAUGUUUGCUCUGGCACCAGCUUUUUCUGCACUGAGGGACCAUAUCGGCUGGCGACACACCAUGGCAGUGAUAGGAGCUUUGCAAAGCACCAUCAUCAUCUGUGGCGCUCUGCUUCGGCCAAUCGUUAUCAAACCCAAAGCAACCCGAGAGACAGAGACUGAAGGAUUGUCCCCAAAGGAACUGGAAGCACUCGGUGCACCAGAGAAGCUAGAGAACACACAUCCAGAGGACUCUAUGAUAAACAAUACCUCACAUGCACAAAAUACCUCCCACAGUCUGGACAAUGAGCUAACCAGAGGCUCUGAGAGCACAGGAGACUCUGGCAUCCAGUCUCUAAAGGAUGCAGACAUCGGCAGUGCAGAGGAGAAGACUUUACUGCACAAAGAAGCAAGUGAAUCUGUGGGAAAGAGUGAGGCAGAGGUUUUAGAGUCUGAAGGGGAGAAAAUGUGCAAAGAUGCCGAGAAACAAGCGAUGCAAGAUGAGGAAAUUAAAUCAGGCGAUGAAAAGCCUUCUGCAAAGAAGCUUCUGGACUUCUCCAUCCUCAGAGAGUGCAGCUUCAUCUUCUACUCUCUGUUCGGACUGUUCGCCACGCUGGGCUUUUUCGCCCCUCAACUCUACGUCAUCGAGCUGAGCGUGAGUCGAGGUGUGGAGCGGGACCGUGCUACCUACAUGCUCUCCACCAUGGCUGUGGCUGAAAUCUUCGGCCGAUUCUCCAUCGGGUGGGUUUUAACACGGGAGCGGUUAAGGAAGAAGAAGCUGCUCGUGCUUCUGGCAUGUGUGAUUGUAAUGACUGCGGAUUUAGUCGGGUUUACUUUGGUGAGAGAGUUCUACGGCCUGGCUGUGUGCUGCGCUGUGUAUGGGUUCUUUAUGGGAACCCUUGCAUGCACCCACAUCCCCAUCCUGGCUGAGGAUGAUGUGGUGGGCAUAGAGAGGAUGUCGUCAGCUGCUGGUGUCUAUGUGUUCAUACAUAGCUUUGCUGGGCUGGCUGGACCCCCACUUGGAGGUGUGCUGGUGGAUGUGACUCAGAACUAUGGAUCUGCCUUCUACUCCUGUGCAGUCGGCAUGGGACUCAGUGCCCUGUUCCUGGGUUUGGUCAAACCUGCUAAGAGAGGAUUACUCUGUAGGAGGAAGAACUCAAAACGCCCUGAAGAGGUACAUCAAAGGGAAGGGGCGUCAAAGAAACAAAGUGCAGCGCAUGAACUGGACAAAAGAAGUGAAAGUCCCCAGGACUGCUCUGCUGUAGAUGACCAGGCAGAAGCCACAAAAGAUGGCCAGGAGGUCAUACGCUUUGCUUGAGGCGAUAAGAUAAGGAUAAGGGUAAUAAAAGGGUCAAGCCAUAUGAAGGUAAAAUAGUAUCUAAAGAGUACAGCUGGCAAGUGCUCAAGAGACAUGAAAAUGGUGAAGAGAAAGAACAAAAGUGUUGAUGAUCUGCUGUUGUAGGUCUGGGCUCUGAGAGCAAUCUGAAGAACUUUUACACUACAAUAUGUAUGUAACAAUCGUGCCUUACAUACCUAAUGUACCACACUGUUUUUUUCAGAGUCAAUACUAAUUUAUAAAGUUUACACUUUUAAAUUAGAUUAAUGUAAGUAUGGUUUUGAUGUAGUCUUGCUUUAAAGGUCCAGUGUGUAGGAUUUAGGAAGAUCUAUUGGCAGAAAUGGGGUAUAAUAUUUCUGCCCAUGUUUUCAUUUUUUAGCUUAGAACCCUUCGUAUCUACGUAGGGAGUGGGUCCUCCUCCAUGAGCCCUGCUAUGUUUUCUACAUGCCAAACAUGGUGAAGUGAAGGCCACCAUAGGUUCUUUCUAUUAAAGGUCUUCACAGAUCCAAAUGACAGAACUGACUGGACCUGAUCAUUUUUACAAUUAUAUUUACCUUUACCUUGUUUUUGACCGAGAUAUUACAGACCUGACCUGGUGCAUGUCUGAGAGGACAGAGACCUUGGACUCUGUUUUACUUUAUAGACUACGCAAACCCUUAAAUAAAAAUUGCUACCAAAAAAUGCUGUUACCACUAAAAAUGUUCUUAAUGUUAGAUACAACAUACUGUUCCUAGCCAUAUUACUGUUUGUAAUAUUUAAUAAUGUUUUAGAUAUCUAUUUUAAUUUUAUUGUACUGUCACUUAUUUUGUUGUUGUUGUAUGUGAGUUGUUGUAAUUCCUCCCAAUGACCAGUUUACGAUAGUUUUAAGCUGCUAAGAUCAAGCGCACAAACACGCUUAACCUUUUGUUGAUAUCAGUCAAAUAAUCAAUUCAGUUGUCCUAUGAAAUCAUAAGAUACAGUUCCUUUAAUUUGUGCAUAAAAACACUGUAAUAAUGAAUAUGCUUGUAUGAUUGGGCAGUUUUAGGGCAGUACCCUUAUUUAGGAUCCUUGUGGCCUGACGGUAGAAGCUCUUCCUGAGCCUUUUAGUGCCGGGCCCAUUACCUUCUUCCCAACCUCAGCAGGGAGCAAAGGUGGUUAUCUGGGUGGCUGCGAUCCGCAAUAAUUCUCCUGGCUUACCUAAGAUAUUAUUGGGCAUUAUUCAUGCUUUAUUGACAGUGAAAGAGAGAGAAAUAUAAAAUGAGAGGACUUGCAGCAAGACCCUGGGACAUACUUGAACCCAGGUCGGUACACGCUGUCCCUGGUGACCUACUAGUGCACCCCUCCUUUUCUUAACUUUUGCUGCGCCUGGUGUUAACAUCCUUUAAGCAGGAUAGAGAAGCACCUGUAGUGUGUUCAGCUGAAUGAACCAGUCUUUGCAGCAGUGAUGUUCCCCGUCAGGACGCUCUUAAUGCUGCAGGAGCAGAAGUUCCUCAGUAUUCGAGGGGAUACCUGGAAUUUUCCCAAGCAUCCAUGGUGACACAGUCUCUGCCUUGCCUUUCUCACCGAGUCAGUAUGCUGUGUCCAAGUCAGGCCUUCAGUAAUGUGGACACAACGGUACUUGAAGCUGUCCGCUCUUUCUUCACUGAGGACCCACUGAUAUUAAGGGGAGUGUAAUUUCUUCCCAAAGUCCGCUGUAAGCUCCUUAGUCUUGCUGACAUUGAGUAUGUUGUUCUGACACCAUUGGGUCAGGUCCUCUCCUUCUUUUAAGUAUAUAUGGGCAUGCUUCCCCUGGUUAGAUUCUCCACAGUUCAGUCGUUGAGUCCAUUUUAUGGCAACAAAGAGAGAUGAAAAAAGUGGUGACUCUAACUUUGAAGAAGCCAUAAAGUAUGAAUGUGUCCAUUCCUCAAUCAUUUAUAUUCCUUUAGGCCAUAAGUCUCCAUCAACCAAGAGAAACAAAAGGGGUUUUCAUGUAACAUCAAUUUGAAUAUUGUCGGGCUCACUAUCCACCUUUCCUCCGGUUCACCUCCAACUCGCUGGCGCUACUGCUCAAGGUUUUUUCACCUCAUUUUAGCUAUUGUUAUCUGAUCCUAAGUCAGCCUGAACAUCACACAUUACACACACUUAGGUGUUUCUCUGGUCAGCAGUGCUAAUUAGUGGUCUUCUUGGAUCCACUUGGGUAUUACUCACAAUGAUAAACAGACCUGGGACCUGUGGUAAUAGCAUGGGACCAGACCCGGACCUGUUGACCAUAGCAAAUCAUGGACCCAGGUUGGGUCUCGGGUCUCCCACACAAAAACGGAGAGGUGAAG